CAGGGCGGUGGCGCCAUGGGGGAUUGCGGCGACUCCGAAGAGCUGGAGAUGGAGCUGGGGCGGGAGAGGCGGAGGCAGCAAAUGCUUGAAAAUUCAAUAUCUGAAUUGAGAAAAACAAUAACAGAACUGGAGAAAAAGCUUAGCGGUGUUGAAGAUGAAGGUAAUGAGUGGAAAACCAGAUAUGAGAUGCAAGUAGAAUUGAACAGACAGCUGCAAAGGCAAAUCAGUAUUCUUAAAGACAAGGUGGAGCUUAUUCGUGGAAAUCCAACAGAUAAACUGGCCAUCGUUCGCAUCUUUGAUCAAAUGCCUGUGGACUCCUUAAAGGAGGUUCUUGAACAACUAAAAGAAGAGAAGAAAAGUCUCCAGAAUCAGCUAAAAGAUUAUGAACUUAGACUGGAACAAGAAGCAAAGGCUUACCACAAAGCUAAUGAUGAGCGGCGCAUGUACCUUUCAGAGAUUUUGCAGACCUCAGCUAUGCUUAAAACUGUUGAAAGGCAAAAAACAGAUGCUCUGACAAGCAAGGAAGAAAAGCACACACUGAGAGGGAGAUGCAGCGUUCCGCAACGUCUGAAGAUGGUUAAUCCCCAAAUUAAAAAGACUGCAGGAGUGAUGCAGCUUCCAAAACUAAAACCCUGAUUUAAUAUACUUUUUUUUUUUAACUGAAAAUUUCUGAAUUGAAAAUGAAUGUGUUUAUGCUUUAUUACACCAAACCCAGACCAGCACAUCUUGUUGGCAGCCAUUGUGUCAGUUCCACUUUGCCUGAUGGAAUUGUUCUUAUAGUUGCCAUUUUUGUUCUGGUGAUCUCUGACUCUUUUUGUUUUGGUUCUCAUCACUUAUUCUGGGUAUCUGGGAGCUGGGAUCUUUGGAGAACAUUUAGUCAAUCUGGUGGAACUGGUAGGUAGUACUGUUGAGUCUGUAUGAUUUUUGACAUCUCAAUCAAGGAAAAAUGAAUGCAGAGUGAUAUAACCUGAAAUGUAAUCUCUCUACCUAAAAAGUAAAUCUCUGCAGUAAUUCCAUCCAAGAGCAUCUGGUAUAGCAGCUAAGAAAAUAUCCAAGUAGUCUGAUGUUGGUACAGCUGAAUGUGCCUUUCAUUUCACUCUUAAGAAGACCAGCACAUAGCCAGUACCUUACAAUAGAGUUCCUUUCCAACAUAAAGUUAUUUUUUUUCCAUUACUCCAGCAGAGGGACAAAACACCCCCAACUUUUUAAAAAGUUGGCUUGCUGUAAAACCUUUUGUUUGCGUGUUUUAGAAGCACACUGUCAUGUCUAGCUAUUAUAGGCACUGGAUACAGAAAGAAAUGAAAGAAAAAGUCAGCGUUUUUAAUCAAGGAUACUUCAGAACGUGUCUUGUGAGGGGAGAAUGUUUCUUUUAAACAUUACAUACACAUUACAUUUCCUGAUAUUGGUAUGUUGCUAUUUGCAGUUUGAAUUCUCCUGUGGAUGUUUUUAUCCACAGUCUUGGUUCCAUAAAAAUCUUUAUGUAUUGUUCAGUGGUGCUGAUCCAUAUAUAUUUACGGCCCAAAAUAGUGCCAGUCUUUAAAAUAAUCUCUUCAGUGAACAGUAGGACUACUUCGUCUUUUCAUUCUUAAGAAUGCAAUUGUUGUAGUUUCAUUACCUACAGCAUUUUAGUCAUUAAGCUUUGACAGAAUUCUUUUAAGUAGCAACAGAAAAAAUGUUUUGGUAAUGAAGCUUCAAGGUUCUGGGUUACAUCAUAAAAGCUCUUGGCAAAGCAAAUAUGAUUGAUUAACUGCCCUUUAUUAUUUUUAAGAGCAUCCCUAGCUCUUUGCAGUAUCUGGUAAAGCUUUUUGCCUCUUUAAGAGCAGGACAAAUAGUUCCUUAUUACUGGCAGCAUUAAAGCGAGGCUGUAAUUAAACUCUUACCAAAAGAUCAAUGAUGCCAUUAUAAGAUCCAGGGAAAGAAGACCUACAAUAUUGUACAGCAUAUUCUGUAUGCAGAACUCGUUUUUCUCUUACAUAGUAUGGGAUUUAUUACAGAUAUUUCUAAUGUUACUCUGAUGCACCUGGUAUAAUUCUGUCCUAAGCUGGCUGAUCUGCAUAGCACAGCUGAUGAGGGUUCCUGUUCCUGUUUUUACAUGGAAAGCUUCCAGAUUUUAUUUGUCACUGGGGAGAGAGAGAAAAAAUCACCAUAAUGGUUCUGUUGGCAUAAAAGACAAGGACAUCUGCAGUAGCAAAGAAUAUCCAGUUCUUGGAUUCAUGCAGCAGACAUUACUGCUAUGUCUAAAUCAAAUGUUAGUCAAUGUAGUUGACUGUAGUCCUUGUAACAUUUCACAGGAAUUGGAAACUUUGCACCAGGAUGACACAACAGCAAUUGUUCACAGCUGGAGAGUUAAUUACUUACCUCAUGGCUAGUUCUUGCUGAGAUAACAAUUCUGAAGCUUAAAAAGAGGCAUUUGUUGAUAUCGUUGGUGCAAUAAUGACCUGAGGAGAGGAGCAGACUCUGUCCUCUUAGUCCCUAUUUCAGCAUGCCAGGAGCAAGAUCAGGAUUUGAAACUCAGCAGUAUGGUAAUUAAGCCCUGAAACAUGUGUUUCACUCUUCUAAUUAUGUGUCCAGCUGUAGCAUUUGCUUUGCAAAGUGGUUAUAGUUCUCUUUACUGUAGAAAUUACUUGGCACUUCAUUUCCCUCCUGACUUUCUGAAAAUAAGGGCAGGCUGAUGACUUUGAUGAGUAGAGUUUCUUUGCUACAGCAGAAAGUGUUUUGUUGUAUCUUUGGACCUGAAUAAAAUGUUUACACUGUUAGUUAGUUAGUUUGUUUGUUUUCUAAGAGCUUUUGGAAACCAUGUAGUAGUUUUUAGGUAGUUGUGUUGCGUUUUGGAGGUGGACAUUUGUUUUGAAAUACCUGGAUUUAUCUUUUAUGUACUUUUCUCAUUAUUAUGCUGUACUGUGAAAUGGUUCAUGUUUGCACUUGUAACAACGAACAGUUCUGUAUCUUUACACAGUAUCUUCUACGUGAAAGAUUUCAGCACGUUUUGGAGUCAUUAAUCCUUCAAUGCACAGUAUGUACCAUUAUUCUCAUUUUAGGGCUAGGAGACUGAAUUUAAAGUGAACAGGAGUCUAGAGAAGUCUGUUUUUUUCCCCUGUUUUCUUGACAGGGUCACCUUUGUUAGUUUUGCUAAGCUACUGUAAGGUUAGUUUUAUCUCUGUGCAAUGUGUUCUAAACAAUGAAUGAAUCCGAAUACAAAAAUGGAAAAUUGAAUUGCUGAUAGUUGUGGUCAGUGAGUGAAUGGAACUAAAUGUCAGAGGAAGAUAGGAUUAGAGGUGAAGGUUUUAAUCUGGCCAAACUUUUUGCUGCAGUACAGAACGUAAUUGGAAUUUGGGUGUACUGGUUGUAAAGUGUCUAUAAUAAAUGGACCAAGAAAUUUGAUCUCCUAACUCUAGGGACUUGAGAGCACACUUCCCUUACGUGGUUGCUCCUUAUGUGUAACUCCACUGAUUUCAGCAAGUGGUGACUUUGAAGUAACUGUGGCAUUUGAAGUGUUGAAGCUUACUGUUGCUGGAAAAUAUGAAUUAAAAACUCAAAUGCUGCUAAGCAAACAUUAUUUCCCAAACAACCAUUCAAAUUUUUUAAUUCUCAUGAUGUACGUGGUAUUAAACCAUGAUUUUUGUUUGCAGUAAAUCAGUAUAGCAGCAUGGUCUUCCUCUAUGGCAGAAUGAAAUGAAAGUGUUUACUGGAUAGACAUUGAAUGUGUGGCUGAGUAUUAAGUAAUUAGGCAGCAUAACCACAGACUCCAGAGAACUUGGGUGAUGAGUUUCCUCAUACUCAGGAUAUCAUUAACAGUGUUUUAUUGCUUAAAUAUUUUGUUUAAUGAGUUCCUCAUAUAGAUAACUGAGUAGAUGGCGCAGUUCACAGCUUCCCUGGUUCCUAUGAUACUUCAUUUCCUCUGGUAAUAUCUACUGGUGAUUUCUACUGGUACAGAUGAGAUACACUACUUCUUAAUACAUUUCCAGUAGUGGAAGAUGCUGCACAGGCAUUAUUAGAAAUGUGAUAUGGACAUAACAACUAACCAAUAAAUAAAUAAUGAAAUGAGCCCCUA